AUGGAGCGCGGGCGGGCCGAGGACCCCAGCGGGUCAGGGCGCACGAAGCGCGCGCGCUGGGACAUGCCGGACGCGUGUGCGCUGCCCGAGGACCCGGACGUGUUCCGCUGGCACAAGAAGGAGGCGCAAGACCAGCGUGCGGGGCUCUCGCGCGACGAGGUCGACCAGCGGGAGGCGGCGCGGCGCGCCGAGGCAGCGCGCGAGGUCGAGCGGCUGCAGAUGCGCCGCGCGGCACGCGAGCGUGCCCAGGCGGAGCGUGAUGAGGAGCGUGCGCGGCGCGUGCGUGCGGCGGAUGCAGCGGCCAUGAGCGACUGGGCCGCGCGCGAGGACGAGUUCCUGCUCGAGCAGGCGAAGAACCGCGCGCUGAUCCGCGUGCGCGAGCAGCGGGCGAAGAAGAUCGACUUGCUCCUGAUCCACCAGCUGUGGUGGGAGCGUGUGCCGCGUGCCGACGACGGGUCCGACAGCGACGAGUCCGACGACGGGAUGGACGUUGCGCUGACCGAGCCGCGUGCCUUUGUCGAUGCGCUCACGCCGCAGGAGCGCGACGAGCUGCGCACGGACCUGGCAUCGCUCGUGCGCUGGGAAAAGGACGCGCGCAAGUCGGGCGUGUGGCGCGACCUGCUGCUGCUGUGUGAGGACCGCGCGCGCGCGCAGGAAGACGCAGGGCCGCGGCUGGACCCGAGCAUUGUGGCGGACAUUGACGCGCUGCUCGCGGAGAAGUCGGUCGGCGAGCUCGAGGCGCUCCAGGCAUCGAUCCGCGCGAAGCUGCAGUCGGGCGAGCCGCUCGACGUGGAAUACUGGGAGUCGAUGCAGCGCCGCAUCGUCGUGUGGCUGAGCGCCGCGCGCCUGCAUGCGGUGCACGAGGUCGUCCUUACCAAUCGGAUCACCGCGCUGCAGCGGCGGCAGCGGCGCGAGGCCCGUCGGCACACGCAGGACGUGGCCGAGCAGCUGGACGUGCCGCCGGCGCCGGCGCCGGCGCAGCCGGACGCAUGGGACGCCGCGGAGAUGGAGCCGCGGGGGCUGCGCCUGGCGGAGCUGCCGUGGGACGAGCGCGAGCAGCCUGCGCGUACGUGGCCGGAGCAGCGAGCGGCGCUGCUCGCUGCGCGCCGGCGCGUGCUCGCGCAGCCGUUCGUGCCGCGGGCGCGGGCGUGGGCGGCGCCGCCCCAGCCGCUGGCGCGCGCCGACGAGAUGGUGCGCCGCGAGGCGCUCAAGGCGAUGGACGUCGCGGAGGAGGCGUUCAACGAGGAUGUGUCGCUGGCAGCGCAGGCGUUCCAGUGGCAGGACAAGUACCGCGCGCGCAAGCCACGCUACUACAACCGCGUGCAGACGGGCUACGAGUGGAACCGGUACAACCAGACGCACUAUGACGCGUCGAAUCCGCCGCCCAAGAUCGUGCAGGGCUACAAGUUCCAUGUGUUCUACCCCGACCUGAUCGAUCCGAUGCAGGCGCCGACGUACCGCGUGCAGCCGGAUCCCGAGGGCAACGGCGAGACGGUGCUGCUGCGCUUUAGCGCGGGGCCGCCGUACGAGGACGUCGCGUUCCGCAUCGUGAAUCGCGACUGGGACUUUUCGUUCAAGCGCGGCUUCCGCUGCAGCUUCGAUCGCGGCGUCCUCCAGCUGUACUUCCACUUCAAGCGCCUCAAGUACCGCAAGUAG